GCCCUCCGGGUCUUCUCUCCUUCUCCCCUCAGCGCUGGGGGUUCGUCCCCGGGCGCUUGAGCCUGUUGCAAUGGUCCCGCCCGGCAGCUCCGGGCUCGGGGGCCUGCUCCGGGUGUCCGCUCGGGGCUGCGGGGUGAGCUCUCCUCCCAUCCGGCCUCAGCCGUUGCCUUUGCUCCCCUGUGAGCUCCCCGUGCCUCCUGUCCGCCGCUUCUUUAGGUUUAAAAAGUAUUUCGGCCUACCCAGAUAACGUGAGUGCCUGCCCGCCGCAGAGAGACCCGUGUGGGCCUGUGCCCCCCCCCGGUCAGUGUGGGCCAUGGUCGGGAGGCGGGCGCUGUCGGGGGCGGGUUUGGGGUUUGUAUUUUGUUAAAUCGGUCAGAAGAGGCGUCACCGAAGAGCUGGAGCGUCCGUUCGGGUGAAGGAGGAGCUGUUGUGCGAGAAGAAAAAGGAAAUUUAGAAAAGGCAUCAACAGAAAACUCUUGAAAUUGUCCAUGGACUGGAUCUAGUGCUGGGGGAAGUGCUGUGGCUCAGUGCAUGAGCUCGGUUUCAGCUGGAGCGAGAAGGACAUGCUAAAAACGCCAUGGGGGCACCUCUGAUGUGCCAUUGAGACAGAGACAGUAGUGAAGAAAGAGUAUGUAAGAAUCUAUUCUCUUAUAGCAGCUGUAGUAGGAGAGUUCUGGGCUAUGUGAUUAUCUGCCUCUUACCCGACUAGGAUCGGACUACAUGGAACUCUGGUGAUUAGACUGUUACUCGCACUUGUCAUCAUGUUGGCAGAAGGCAUCUUAACUAGACUCAUAUAUAAAGAAAGCUGUCAUCAAGAUAAGCCUCGCAAAUCUCCUGCAUCCAAAAAGGAUAAAGAGGGAAUCUGGAGACAGAAACUUGUAGACAACCCAAAAAUCAAAGGCUUUGCUGAUGGAUACGAGAAGCAGGAUGAGAUCUCUGCUAGAAGUAGCAAAAUGGAACAUGGUAGCAGUCCUCAGUGGAGAUCCAUAAAAGAGGUACCUGCAAAGGAUCAGAAAACACUUGUUAAAGGAACUGUAUCACCAGCUUUACGUAUCCCCAAAAGAGAACAAAAUACUGAACAGAUGGAUUUGUAUAGAUCCUGGUCAUGCAACAGCAUUUAUCAAAACUACCCUGACUUGCAUAUCGGGGGAGACCAUGUGGGGGACCAUAUGUGUGAUUCAGGUUGUGUUUUGGACCAUGUGUGUGAUGAACUUCCCAAUGGCCCUGUUUUACUGUCCAUAGAUAUUCCUCUAGGUCAGUUCCCUCUAUGUGAGCAUCCUGAAAAGCCAAGUGUAAAGUCCCUGUCUGGAGAUGAAGCUGGAGAAAGGAGUAGUAUCAUGCUCUGUGCAGAGCCACUUUCAAACUCUGUGCUCAACAAGUACAUGGAAACAAAAGUGGCAGAGUUUUAUAAACAGUUUUUUGAAGAAAAUUUGACCAGGUGUGGUUCUGUAACAAACCUCCUCACUUGCAGUUUGAUAAGGAAUAACCUGAAUCAGAUAAGCUUUCAGGUAUCACAGGAGCAGAAUGUAGAAACAUCAAAAGCCAGAGAAGUGCUCUUGCACUCUUUAGCUUUGUUUAGUUUGCACAACACUACCAAUGGAAAUAGCUCUGAAUUUAGUACUCCAAACUUACAGAUCUCAAACCCAGCAUGCAUGAAAAAGAGCUGCAGGAUGCAGUUUACAUCAUGACUGAUCUGUGUAGCUGAAGAGAUGAAUAUGAUUCGGAUACAAAUAUUUCACUCUAAGGAUUAGGUAGGGAAAUGAAAACAUUUACACACUACAGACUUUUUCAGAUAAAUAUUUUAAAGCUUAAACCAUACUUUGUCUUUGUUAGUGGAGGAAGUAAAGGUUAUUGUUUUCUUUUUUUCUAAUACAGAAUUUGAAAUCAAUUUCUCUGUGAAAUACUAGUCAACCAUAUUUUUGCAAUGUAUAUGUCCUUCUAAGACUCUGGCUGUAUGAGUAAUUGUAGUCAUGUACCAUUGGAUUUACUCCUGCAAGAAAAAUCAGUCAGGACGUGUGCUGGUAAAACUUUGCUCUAAGAGACUGAUCCAGCCAGCCAGUAAGUAAAAGAGUCAAAUUGUCUUUGGUGGACUUUGGAUUGGGCUAUAUAGUUGAAACCCGAGUUUUGGAAAUUCACAUUCAAAUUUUGCUUCUGCAAAGCUUGAUCACAGUGGCUGAAAAAAUAUUUCUUUGGUUUGAAAAUCUUGUCAGCAGAUGGAGGUGUUCAGGACUCUGGAUUGUUUUGUAUAUAUUAUCAUACAUAGGAAAUACAUUGACAUAGUACAUGAAUGAAGACGCUAAUAUUAUUGCCCGUGUAUGUUUGUACUGCAUAGGUGGAGUAUGUGACAAUGAAAAUUAGGUGAAAUAGUUG